GAGGAGGGAUCACUUGUCAGGAAUGCCUUAGAACUGUGAAAAGAGCCCGGGACCAGGGAGAGGAUGCAGCGCCGCGCGACCGGUCAGAUUACUCACGGCGGCUUACAGUAGUGGAGCUGCUCAAAGCUGCCUGACGGGCAGAGAGGGGAACGGCUACUUGAAGGUCUCUCCAUCCAGCACAUGCUACUGAGGUCCAGCGGCACCCACAGAGGUUCAGACUGACUCUUUCUUUUCCCUGCCAGGCAAUGCGCAUAUAAAACCAAGUGGAUGUUAUUUCCCACACUUCAGUAGUGCAAACCGAGCCGCCCGCCUUUUCUGAAGAGACUUUUUUGUUGUUGUUGUUGUUGUUGUCACGUGCACUCAUCAUGGAUCAACCAGCCAGCAGCUGCAUGAGGAGCGCCCAUCCCGGGAGCUCCAUCUGGGGCUGCAUGCGUAACCCCCACGCGGGGGUGCCGGCGACGGGCCUACAGGCCUACCAGCAGGGCCCUUUCUCCCUGCACCAGAAGCCCGAGUUCCUGGCCUACACGGACUUCCCGGCCUCCUGCCUGGUGUCGGCGCCGCAUGGCUACCCCCGCGACGAGCGGCUGUACGGCGAGCCGCAUGCCGGGUUCCAGCGGGCGGACUGGCAGUUCCCCGCGUGCGAGCCCCGUGGCCGGGGGCCGGAGCCCUGCGUGGCUGGCGGCGGCGGCGGCGGUGGGGGGGAGAUGGACAGUGCGGGUGGGGACAGGGUGCACGGGCCCGUGAGCGGGUGUCUGGAGGGAGAGUUCGCACCGCACAGCCUGGCACCCGCCGAGACGGAGAAAAAGACAUCCAAGCGAAAGAGGGAUAUCACAGAGGUCCAGGACCCCAGCUUCAAGGCUGAUUCCAACUGCAAAGCCCGCAAGGAACGGACAGCUUUCACCAAGGAGCAGCUCCGAGAGCUGGAGGCUGAGUUCACCCAUCACAACUACCUGACCCGGCUGCGACGUUAUGAGAUUGCAGUGAACCUGGACCUCACCGAGAGACAGGUGAAGGUUUGGUUCCAGAACCGGCGGAUGAAAUGGAAAAGAGUCAAAGGAGGGCAGCCAGCCUCCCCCCAUGACUUGGAGGCAGAUGAGGUGGAUUCUGCUGCUUCACCCAGCUCAGAGUGAAGUGGCCGAAGAUCACUAACAACAGCUGGACACCCAGAGCUUUCACAAUGAAUCCGUGGAUGCUUGGCUACCAGGGGCAUAACCUUGGACAGAACGUCCUCUGAAUCUGCCAUCAGCUUAUGACUUUCAUUCACGUCUAGACUCUGGGGCAAGCAGCAGUAUGCCUUGUCCCAUAAUAUUGUUUGGGUGGCUAUGCUACUCAAGGACUGGAUGCUUUGGCUCAAGGUCCACAUUUUAUGACUGUGAUAAACUUGAAAUGUUAUGCCUCUAAUCCCUGGAACACUGAUUAGAAGGGACUAGGACAAACAGAGAAGAAGAACUUCGGUCUCAUCACUUCAUUUAAAUGCAGAUUAUUUGUUUCUUGACCUCUUGGUCUUCUCACCCAUAAAAGGGAGCUAUUUCCUAUGGUUAUGACGUUUAUGACUGAGCAUGUUCAGAGACCGUUUGCUCGGUGACUGAAAUCCUGGAUCACUCUCUGUCUGGACUUCCUGUUGGAAAACUGUGCCACAGCUCAGGUGUGAGAUCAUGGCUUCUGCUUCCCAAAUGCAAAAUGCGGGAAACCAAAGAGCAAUUUCACAAGCAUUCCAAAAACCGCCAAAUCAUGAGUGCCUCAAUCUUUGAUUAUUCUGCGGUGUCAUCAGGUUGUCUGUAGAGAUUGUUUUUGAUUAUCAUGUGUUUCUUUUUUGUUGCAUUUCUGUUUUAACAUUUGAAAUGAUAAAUAAAAUUCAGAUGUAGCAUAUUAAA